AUGGAUACUGAAACACAUUUAAACAACGACUCUCCCGAGGAGGACGUCUGGGAUAACGUGUGGUUGUUCAUCAAGGCAACGAUUAUGGGAAGCAUCAUUAUAGCUUCAAUAUUUGGUAACCUACUGGUUAUAGUGUCUGUCAUGCGCCAUCGAAAACUGCGCAUCAUAACGAACUAUUACGUUAUAUCGCUUGCACUGGCCGAUAUGUUGGUCGCUAUGUUCGCGAUGAGUUUUAAUGCUAGCGUCGAAAUUUCUGGACGGUGGUUGUUCAGCUACACUCUGUGUGAUGUGUGGAACAGUUUGGACGUUUACUUCUCAACCGUGUCCAUUUUGCAUUUGUGUAAUAUCAGUAUAGAUAGAUAUUACGCCAUAUGUAAACCACUUAAGUACUCUAUGCACAUGACAAAAAAAGUGGUAGCAAUGAUGCUGGUCAAUACCUGGGUAAGUCCAGCAUUUUUGAGUUUUUUGCCAAUCUUCAUGGGAUGGUAUACGACGACCGAAAAUCAAAUGUUUAGAAACGAACACCCAGACAUAUGCAAGUUUGUGGUAAAUAAGUACUAUGCUGUGAUUAGUAGUAGCAUAAGUUUUUGGAUUCCCGGCUCGAUCAUGAUUGUCAUGUAUUUGCUGAUUUUUAAAGAAGCGAAUAGACAAGAAAAAGAAAUGUUUAAUAGACAUGGUGCUGCGAUGCUAUUGCACGCCAACAACACUAAUGGAGAUAUGUUAUCCAACUCUGGAGGCUCUUCUAAAACCUUGACCCUACAUGAAAUAAAUCAAGAUCUGCAUCAUACCCCGACAAGAGAAAGAAGCAUAAGCAGAAUGAAGAGAGAACAUAAGGCUGCUAGAACAUUGGGAAUUAUAAUGGGUAUCUUUAUUCUUUGCUGGCUUCCAUUCUUUUUAUGGUAUGACAGUGUCUCUCUUUGCACUACGUGCAAGUGUCCCGACAUAGUAGUCGCUGUGCUUUUCUGGAUUGGCUAUUUUAAUUCUACCCUAAACCCAAUUAUCUACGCUUAUUUCAAUAAAGAUUUUAGGGAAGCGUUCAAGAACACGCUUCAGUGCACUUUUUGUUCGCUGUGCCAAAGGCCUCCGUCCGAUCUGAACUACAUCGAUCAAAGGAGGCCCAGUAUGAGGUAUGAAGAUAGGACUCGUAGUGUAUUUUCCGAAACUUACUUAAAACACAAUGUUGACAGGAGAAGUUCGGAAUUUGGGUCGACCCUUUGA